ACUUGUUUUUUUGUCCUUGUUCCUGUAAGGUAGUUCAGAUUCACUCUUCUGACUUCUGAUAUCCUCUGGAAGUAGGGCUAAGUACAUCAUCUCCUCAUCAUGAGUGGUGCUAAGCUGUGGACAGAGGAGCAGUUUAACUGCCCGGUGUGUCUGGACCUGCCCACCGACCCGGUGACCAUCCCUUGUGGCCACAGCUACUGCAUGGCCUGCAUCAGCGACUUCUGGACCACCGAGAAGACCCCCGGAGUCUACAGUUGCCCCGAGUGUCGGCAGACGUUCAGCCCCAAGCCGCAGCUGUGCCGCAACACCAUGCUGGCGGAGGCCAUGGAGCAGCUCCGCAAGGGCGCGCUAAGCCCCAGCGCGCGGGAAACCAUCCGCAGGGCGCACGGCGCUAGCGUCCGAGCUAGCAGCAACGCCAAAGGCCCCAGGGUUAACGGCGGCGGCGCUAAAGCUAACCGGAGGUCCAAGGGACUGUCGGCCGGCGCCGUGCCCUGCGACCAGUGCCUGGACGGGGACCGGGAGGCCAUCAAGACCUGCAUGGUGUGCAUGGCGUCGUUCUGCGAGAACCACCUGAAGCCGCACCAGAAGAACGCUAAGCUGCGGGAGCACGAGCUGAUAGCGCCCACCGGUAACCUGACGGAGAAGAUCUGCACGCAGCACAAGUACCUGCAGGAGUUCUACUGCCGGCCGUGCCAGACGUACAUCUGCUGGCUCUGCACCAGCAACGCACACAAGGGCCACGAGAGUGUGUCCACGCAGACGCAGCGCACAGAGAAGCAGAAAGAGGUGGAGGUGGCCCAGACCCAGAAUCAGCAGCGUCUGCAGGAGAGAGAGAAGGAACUCAAGGACAUGAAGAAACUCCUGGAAACUCUCACGCGGUCGUCUGAGAAGGUGCAGGAGGAGGUGGUGACGGUGCUGGGGGAGCUCCAGGCGUCGGUGCAGCGUCUGCAGGACUUGGUGGGGGAGGUGAUGCUCACCUCUGGGAAGGAGAAAGUAGGCGAGACCCAGGACGUGGUGAGCAAGCUGGAGGCCGAGAUCAAACAGCUGAAGAAGAGGGAGAAGGGGAUGAGGGAUCUCGUACGCUGCCAAGAUCAUAUCUACUUUUUACAGAACUUCCAGGAGCUGGUUGCCCCGGUGGAGGAGGGUGACCUGGCCAGUGUGACGGCAACCCCGGACGUCUCUUUUGACCACGUGAAGUUCACCCUACUGGAGCUCAGGGACAGCAUUGAGGUCAUGUGCAAUGUGGAGCUCAACGACAUCAAUAAAAGGGUUUUUGACAUGGUCCCGUUCACAGUCACAAAGAAAGAUGAUCAGAAGAAUGCUUUCCUGAAAUUAUUCUCAGGGAUUGGAGCUAAACCUGCCAACGCAAACAGAGUUCCUCCAACCAUGCCAUCAGUGAGUGUCCGAGGGCAAGGUCCCCGUCCUGUAGGGAACAGGAACCGAGAAGAACCAAGAGCUCCAGCUCCAAUACCAGCCCCUGCCAGCUCUCCCAGACCUCCUCAGAGACAAACCAUUCAAGAGAGGGACGAAGAUGACACCUGGAGUAUGAGUUCCAUGAGGUCAGUGGGGAGCAGAGCACCCAGCAGAGGAGAGAGAGAGACAGCUAACGCAUCAUCUCAGCCACAGAGUAGACAGUCAAGAUCACGUGCAGAGGAUAGAGACGAUGAUACCUGGAGCGUCAGUUCAGUUCGACCCCAGGACAGACAGAGACGAAACAACAGGAAUGACGGUGACAGAAAUGGAGGCAGCUCACAGAUUUCAAGUCAACCAUCCCAGAGACAAACGCAAGACACAGAACAAUCUGACACUUGGAGCAUCAGCUCGCUGAGACCUGGACAGCGACAGAGGAGAGAGGACCGAGAGCCAGCACCAAGAGAGAACACUUCCACUCCAGCUCAGAAUGGACAAGCACAGGAGCAGCCCCGACGGCAAACAGACACCUGGAGUCUGAGCUCCCUCAGACCCCGAGACCGGCAGAGGAGAGAGAGUCAGCAGAGUGAGAGAGGUGAACGUUGGAGCCUGAGCUCACUGCUUCCUAAAAACAGACGCAAGAGAGAGGGAACAGUGCGAGAGCUCACCCCAGACGACCCCCCCUCCUCCUCCGGCUUGUGGGAUGCCCAACCAACUCAAGUCAAUCCUGAUCUGUUUUUGGAUCUUGAAUCGAUGAAUCCACAACCCCUCCCGGCUUUGAGGGAGAUUGACCUGGACAGUAUUCAGGCUCCUGAGCCUCGCACCAGGGAGGACUUCCUACAGUACGCCUGUGCGUUGACCCUAGACCCCAACUCUGCCCAUCGUCGGCUCAUCCUCUCUGACGGCAACACGGUUGCCACCGUCCAGUCUUCCAUGCAGGUGUGCCCAGACUCAGCACAGCGCUUUGAUGGAUGGACACAGGUGGUGUGCGUGGGUCCCCUGCCCGGCGACCGCUGCUACUGGGAGGUGGAGUGGCGCGGCCGGGGCUCGUCCCUGGGCGUGUGCCUGGCCUCCAUGCCCCGCAAGGGGGCCGACUCUCGCUCGGGCCUGGGCUACAACGGCCAGUCCUGGAGCCUGGAGCUGUCUGACAUGUGCUGCGCGGCGCUGCACGACAACCAGAAGCAGGACAUCCCCGUGACGUACUCCCCGCGCGUGGGCCUCUUCCUGGACCGGCAGGGCCAGACGCUGGCCUUCUACGCCGUGGACGACGUGGAGCUGGCGCCCUUGCACACCUUCCGCUCGGCCGCCCUCGCCCAGCCGCUGUACGCCGCCUUUGGGGUGGGCUGUGGCCUGGGGGUGGGGCUGGACUUCGCCAGCGGGCAGUUUAGCGCCCAGACGGACAGCAUCAAGAUCUGCUCCAUAUAGGGAUGGAUGAUGUGGACACGCACACACGCACGCACGCACGCACACUCUCUCUCUCUCUCUCUCUCUCUCUCUCUCUCUCUCUC